CUCCUGCAUAGCCCGAUUCACUUUUCGGAGCAAUAUUUUUCCACCUUCCGGUGGAAACUUUCAGAGUGUACGUGAAAGCGCAACAAUGGCGUUUUGGUGUAGAGUGAACAACUCCAAAAUCAAAACCCUAUCAAUUCACCUGAAAAGGUCUUAUUUUCAAUGCCAAGGUUCCAAUUCGUUCAUUGCCAAUGCUUCUUCACACACUUCAGUUCGGAUUCUCAGUAACCCUAGCUUAACUAUCCAGAAAAGUCCAUUCGAAUUUGCACAAAGUGUCAGGUUUUUCGCAGCACCUGUACAGGUGAAAACGAGGAAGGAAGAGAAGGAUUCGAGUGGGCCCAGAUUGAAUCACGAAAUCAAAGCAGAUUUUGUUAGGCUUGUCGGUGAUGAAGGUCAUCGCGUAGUGUCAAUACGUGAAGCGUGGGAACUUGCAAGAAGUCUCAAUCUUGAUUUGGUGGAGGUGUCACGAAAUGCCAAACCACCAGUCUGCAAAAUUAUGGACUACCACAAAGAGAAGUAUCAACAACAAUUAAAGGACAAUGCUAAAAAAAGCAAGUCUGAGUUAACUUUGAAGAAGGGAGAUUGUAAAGAAGUCCGAUUUGUUGGGAAAAUCGAAAAAAAAGACUUGAAAAUUAAAGCAGAUACAGUUAAACGAAUGAUGGAGCGUGGCUAUCGGGUGAAGUGUACAGCCAUGUCCAUGGGCAAUGAAGGAGAGGAUUUGGGAGCAGUGUUAUCACGUUUCUCUCCUCUGAUUGAAGAUGUUGCCUAUAUUGAAAGUGGACCAAGAGUGGAGAAAAAGCAGGCGUAUAUUGUUGUCAGGCAUGUUAAGUUCGGUCCAUCAAAGAAGGGUUCAGGAAAGAAAGUGUCAAAAGAAUGCAAAACUGCCAGUUUUGAAGAGGAUGCAGCAUCUCAAAGUUCUUUACAAUUGGAUGAAAACUGUGAUGGUACUGAAUCUAGUGUUGAAAGUGAUGAUGAUAGCUGUCAAGAAGAAAUGACUGAUGAAGAUGUGGAUGACAAGAGAUCAGACUGGAGAGUAUCUGGUGCAAAAGGCGAUUCCAGGAAGGUUUUUGAUUUUGUGGAGGGCGAAAAUGUAGGUGCUAGAACUCCAAGUUUUACAAAUGUUUCUUCAGAUUUUGCACGUGAUUCUUCUCGAACUGGAGCAGCUGGGCCUUCAUUUGGAGGGCAAAGUAGUUUCAGAAGAGAAUCAGGGAACACAGUGCAGGCUCCAUCAGGGGAAGAAAAUAGGUAUCGAAGAGACCCUAGAAACUCAUCCAUACCUACCAAAUCAGCUCCUAGUAGCACCCCAAGUUCAAGGAGCACAAUGACAGCGGACAGCCUAUCUGAUAUAGGAAGGCAACUGCCACUGGAUAGGAGUAGCUUGUCACAUACUAGAGACAGUGAAUCUCAGUUGCUGAGGAAGUCUCCUCUUAAUGGGUCUCCGGAGCAACAUCCUUCUCAUUCUGGUGUUCGAAGUUCUCCAUCCUCUGGUUUUGGUAUUUUUAGCUCUGCACCAGCAGACAGGACUCCUAGCAAGGAGAGCAAUGUUGCUACAGAAAAUAGGUACAAGAAAAGUGAGCAGUCUAAUUCUGGAAGGAACUCUAGUGCUUCAGAUCCUAGAGGUUUACAUAUGGCUAAUCCCCAAGCUAGAAGACCUGAUCUUGGUAAGAGGGAUGGUCCAGGGAAAUACCCGAUCUUUAGUGAGAGUUCGAAGAUGAUCCCAAACCAGAACUCGGAAACUCAACACUAAGUUGCAGAAAUUAUAUGUACGUCUUAGGCUGAUUUGAGCUUUUACCAUGUCAGCCGCACCUCAGAAUACCAGAAAUGUCUGGUAAACCUUUCAUUCUUUUGACUAUUCGGGAUUUCUUCGAGAUAUA